AUGACCACUUUGCUAUUAGUGUUUGUGUGCUUGCGAGUCAUCGCUGCAGCCACCGUCCUGGAGCUCUCAGACAGUAGUGAUGGCCUGGAAGUGAAAAUACCUGAGCAGUCUCCCCUGCGUGUUAGCCUGGGAAGCUCCCUGAACAUCCCUUGUUACUUCAACAUCCCAGAGGAAGAGGACAGCAGUGCUCUGCUGACCCCCCGGAUCAAAUGGAGCAAGCUGUCAAACGGGACCGAAGUCGUCUUGCUGGUGGCCACGGGUGGGAAAAUCCGACUCAACUCGGAGUACAGGGAGGUGAUCUCUUUGCCCAACUACCCAGCCAUCCCCACUGAUGCCACCCUGGAAAUCAAGGCCCUGAGGUCCAACCACACUGGGAUCUAUCGCUGUGAAGUGAUGUAUGGCAUUGAGGACAGGAAAGACACCAUAGAGGUCCUGGUGAAAGGCAUCGUGUUCCACUACAGAGCAAUCUCCACCAGGUACACCUUGAACUUUGAGAAGGCAAAGCAGGCCUGCAUCCAGAACAGUGCUGUCAUUGCUACUCCUGAGCAGCUGCAAGCUGCCUACGAGGAUGGGUACGAGCAGUGCGACGCCGGCUGGCUGGCUGAUCAGACUGUCAGGUACCCCAUCCACUGGCCUCGGGAGCGCUGCUAUGGUGACAAGGAUGAAUUUCCAGGAGUGAGGACCUACGGAGUCCGUGAGCCAGAUGAAACCUACGAUGUUUACUGCUAUGCAGAACAAAUGCAAGGCAAAGUCUUCUACGCCAGCGCCCCGGAGAAGUUCACCUUCCAGGAAGCUUUGGAGAAGUGCCGCAGUUUGGGAGCUCGCCUGGCCACCACGGGGGAGCUGUACCUGGCCUGGAAGGACGGGAUGGACGUGUGCAGCGCGGGCUGGCUGGCCGACCGCAGCGUGCGCUACCCCAUCUCCCGCGCGCGCCCCAACUGCGGCGGCAACCUGGUGGGGGUGAGGACAGUCUACCUGCACCCCAACCAGACCGGGUACCCCCACCCCGACUCGCGCUACGAUGCCAUCUGCUACAGCGGGGAAGACGUUGGCAGCCUGAUCCCAGGGCAGUUCAUCGACGAGCCAGGCAGUGGGCUGGGCAGUGCCUUCACUGUGCAGACUGUCACCCAGACCGAAGUGGAGCUGCCCCUGCUGCGCAAUGCCACGGAGGAGGAGGCUCGCGGCAGCAUCGCCACCCUGGAGCCCAUCGAGAUCACACCCACGGCCACCCAGCUGUAUGAUGGCUUCACCAGCCUGCCUGAGCUCUUUGCCACAAGUGUGACGGUAGAGACAACUGCCCCAGAGGAGAAUGUGACCGGGGAAGAUGUCACAGGGGGCUGGACUCUACCUGCAGAGCUCACCACUGUAGCCUUAGGCACUGCCGUCACCACUGCAAUGGCAGAGGUGAGCUCCCUAGAAGAUGUCGUGGGGGUGACUGCCACACCAGCACUAGAGCCUGCCUCCGCGUCCACGGUGGAAGAUCAGCUGGUUCAAGUGACAGCAGCCCCUGGUGUGGGUCUCCUCCCUGAGCAGCCCAUCUCCCCCUCGGGGGUGGUGUUUCACUACCGUGCUGCCAGCAGCAGAUAUGCCUUCUCCUUCAUCCAAGCCCAGAAGGCCUGCCUGGAGAACAACGCAGUGAUCGCCACCCCCGAGCAGCUGCAGGCUGCCUACGAGGCUGGCUUCGACCAGUGCGACGCCGGCUGGCUGCGGGACCAGACAGUCAGGUACCCCAUUGUGAACCCCCGAAGCAACUGCCUGGGAGACAAAGAGAACUCUCCGGGGGUGCGGUCGUACGGCAUGCGCCCAGCCUCAGAGACCUACGAUGUGUACUGCUACGUUGACAGGCUCAGGGGCGACGUGUUCUUUGCGACCCAGCCAGAGCAGUUCACCUUCCCAGAAGCUCAGCGGUACUGUGAGAGCCAAAACGCCACCCUGGCCUCUGUUGGCCAUCUCCACGCAGCCUGGAGGCAGGGCCUGGACAGGUGCUACGCCGGCUGGCUAGCGGACGGCAGCCUGCGCUACCCCAUCGUCAGCCCCCGGCCCGCCUGCGGCGGGGCUGCCCCCGGCGUCAGGACCAUCUACCAGCACCACAACCAGACUGGCUUCCCCGACCCGCUGACCCGGCACCACGCCUUCUGCUUCAGAGCUUUGCCACCUGUGGAGGAGGACGGAGUCACCUCGUUUUUUGAAGAUGCGUUGGCAACCCAAGUGAUCCCCGGAGUGGAGGGGGUACCCUCUGGGGAAGAAGUGACUGUGGAGACAGAGUUUGCCACUCAGCCUGAGAAUCGGACAGCCUGGGGGACAGAGAUCUUUCCAACUGAUGUGUCACUCCUCCCAGUGAGUCCAUCUGCUUUUCCUCCAGCCACCACAACACCAGAGGAGACAAGCACCAAUGUUACCACCAGCGAAGUGUCAGGGCAGGUGACUGAACCUGGAGAACGCCAAGCCAGUGUUGAACCUUCAGCAUCCGGGUGGGCGUCUGGAGUCCCAGAUACAAGCAGGGAACCGACUUCUGGAGGCUUUGAACAUAGUGGAGAACACUCAGGGGCUGGAGAAAGUGGAUUACCAUCAGUAGAUCUGCAAACCAGUGGCUUCCUACCUGGAGAAAGUGGGCUGCCCUCAGGGGAUCUGAGUGGAUUGCCUUCUGGCAUGGUUGACAUCAGUGGCUUACCCUCUGCAGGAGAAGACGUAUUGGUGUCUGCUUCCAGGAUACCAGACAUCAGUGGGAUGCCACCUGGAGUGGAAAGCAGUGGGCAGCCUUCUGGAUUUAGUGGAGAAAUCUCUGGCACUGAGCUAGUCAGCGGCGUGUCAUCUGGAGGGGAAAGUGGCCUCGCCUCCGGCUUCCCAACCAUCUCCCUUGUGGAUACCACCUUGGUGGAAGUUGUAACGACGGCGCCGGAACGGCGAGAGGAGGGACAAGGAUCCGUCAGCAUCAGCGGUGAAGGAGAUCUCUCAGGGCUCCCACCCACCGAGUGGGACACCAGUGGUGGAGCCCAGGGGUUACCCUCAGGAGCUGAGCUCAGUGGGGAGCCCUCUGGAGGACCUGAGCUCAGUGAGGAGACUUCUGGGGUGCCCGAGCUCAGUGGGGAGCCCUCCGGAGGGCCUGAGCUCAGCGGGUUGCCCUCGGGACUGGAUGCCAGUGGAGAGCCAUCUGGAACACAGGAGAUCAGUGGCCUGACAGACCUAAGUGGCCUUACUUCUGGUACCAGUGGAAGCGGCGAGGCCUUGGGCAUCACCUUCAUAGAUGCCACCUUGGUGGAAGUGGCAACAACCCCCUCGGUGACAAGGGCAGAAGCUAAAGAGAUUUUGGAAAUCAGUGGCUUGCCUUCAGGAGGUGAAGAUGUAUCAGGCAUGGUAUCUGGGAGUUUAGAUGUCAGUGGUGAGCCUUCUGGGCAUCUAGACUUUGGUGGGAGUGCCUCAGGAGUGCUCGAGAUGAGCGAACACCCGAGUGGAGGGAUUGACAGCAGUGGAGAAGUCUCUGGAGUUGAUGUCACCAGUGGCCAACUGUCUGGAGAGGGAAGUGGACUCACCUCUGGCUUCCCCACAGUCUCUCUUGUGGAUACCGCUUUGGUGGAAGUUGUAACCCAGACCUCAGUUGCACAAGAGGUGGGAGAAGGGCCAUCUGGGAUGAUUGAAAUCAGUGGAUUUCCUUCUGGAGACAGAGGACUAUCUGGAGAAGGGUCUGGAGCCAUGGAGACUAGUGGGUUUCCUUCAGGGACAGGAGACUUCAGUGGAGCGCCAUCUGGAAUCCCAUACAUCAGUGGAGACAUUUCUGGAGCCACAGAUCUAAGUGGACAAUCUUCAUCAGGAACUGAUAUCAGUGGGGAGAUAUCAGGGUUUCCAGAAGUCACUUUAGUCACUUCUGAUUUGGUAGAAGUUGUGACAAGGCCAACAGUGUCACAGGAACUUGGAGGGGAAACAGCUGUCACCUUUCCCUCCAGCUUUGAGCCAACUGGGGAGGCCUCUGCUUCUGGUGAACUGAGUGGGGAAACAUCUGCAUUGCCAGCAAGUGGUGUAGAAACAUCAUCAGCUUAUGAAAUCAGUGGGGAAACGUCUGCAUUUCCUGAAGCUGGCACAGAGACAUCCACGGUGCAAGAAAUCAGUGGAGAAACCUCUGCCUUUCCUGAGAUCAGCAUAGAAACUUCCACAGUCCCUGAAAGCAGUGGAGAAAGUUCUGCCUUUCCUGAAAUCAGCAUAGAAACUUCCACAGUCCCUGAAAGCAGUGGAGAAACCUCUGCCUUUCCUGAGAUCAGCAUAGAAACUUCCACAGUCCCUGAAAUCAGUGGAGAAACCUCUGCCUUUCCUGAAAUCAGCAUAGAAACUUCCACAGUCCCUGAAAUCAGUGGAGAAAGUUCUGCCUUUCCUGAGAUCAGCAUAGAAACUUCCACAGUCCCUGAAAUCAGUGGAGAAACCUCUGCCUUUCCUGAGAUCAGCAUAGAAACUUCCACAGUCCCUGAAAUCAGUGGAGAAAGUUCUGCCUUUCCUGAGAUCAGCAUAGAAACUUCCACAGUCCCUGAAAUCAGUGGAGAAAGUUCUGCCUUUCCUGAAAUCAGCAUAGAAACUUCCACAGUCCCUGAAAUCAGUGGAGAAAGUUCUGCCUUUCCUGACAUUAGGAUAGAAACAUCCACAAGUCAAGAAGCCAGGGGUGAAACAUCUGGCUACCCUGAAAUUACCAUUGAGACAUCCACAGUGCAUGAAGCCAGUGGAGAAACCUCUGCCUUUCCUGAGAUCAGCAUAGAAACUUCCACAGUCCAUGAAAUCAGUGGAGAAAGUUCUGCCUUUCCUGAAAUUAGAAUAGAAACAUCCACAAGUCAGGAAGCCCGAGGUGAAACCUCUGCAUUUCCUGAGAUCAGCAUAGAAACUUCCACAGUCCAUGAAAGCAGUGGGGAAACCUCUGCAUUCCCUGAGGUUAGAAUAGAAACAUCCACAAGUCAAGAAGCCAGGGGUGAAACAGCUGCCUUCCCCCAAAGCAGCAUAGACAUCUCCACAGGUCCAGAAGUCAGUGGGGAAAUCUCUGCGUUUCCUGAGAUCAGAAUAGAAACCUCCACAAGCCAAGAAUCCUGGGGUGAAACAUCUGCAUUCCCUGAGACUAGCACAGCAGCAUCCACAGUGCACAAAAGCAGUGCAGAAGCAUCUGCAUUGCCUGCUGCUAGCUUGGAAACAGCUGCCACAGCCUUGGCCACUGGGCAGCCCUCUGGUGCUCCCGAGAAGGAGAUUCCUGGGGCAGCAUCUGGAGCGGUGACACACGCAGUCGCGGGCAUCCGGGAGGAAACUUCUGUCCCAGACACUGUAAUUAGCACCAGCAGUGCAGGUGCUGAACCAACACAGCCACCCAGGAGCCCUGAAGAGGCUCAGCUGGAAACAGAGCCCUCCCCUCCUGCCGUGUCAGGACAGGAGACAGAGACAGCUGCUGCUCUAGACCAUCCCCAUCUGCUGGCCACUGCUACUGCUGGCCUGCCUCAAGUCUCACAAGAAGCCAUCGAUGCCUUAGGACCCACCACACAAGACACUGAUGAGUGCCACUCAAGCCCCUGUCUGAGUGGAGCUACCUGCGUGGAUGGCAGCAUUGGUGACCCUUUCAGAUGCUUGUGCCUUCCCAGCUAUGGAGGGGACCUGUGUCAGAUGGACCUGGAAAACUGUGAGGAAGGUUGGAUCAAGUUCCAAGGCCACUGCUACAGACACUUUGAAGAGAGGGAGACUUGGAUGGAUGCAGAAAACAGAUGUCGACAGCAUCAAGCCCACCUGAGCAGUAUUAUCACCCCAGAGGAGCAAGAAUUUGUGAACAGUCAUGCACAGGACUACCAGUGGAUUGGCCUCAAUGACAAAGCUGUGGAGAACGACUUCCGCUGGUCCGAUGGGCACUCCAUGCAAUUUGAGAACUGGAGGCCCAACCAGCCGGAUAACUUCUUCGCGGCGGGUGAGGACUGUGUCGUGAUGAUCUGGCACGAGCGAGGCGAAUGGAACGAUGUCCCCUGCAACUAUCACCUCCCUUUCACCUGCAAGAAAGGAACAGUGGCCUGUGGGGAGCCCCCCGUGGUGGAGAACGCCAGGACCUUUGGCCAGAGGAAGGACCGCUACGAAAUAAACUCCCUGGUGCGGUACCAGUGCGACCAAGGCUACCUCCAGCGCCAUGUGCCCACCAUCCGCUGCCAGCCCAGCGGGCAGUGGGAGCAGCCAAGGAUAUCCUGCACCAGCCCCUCCAACUACCAGCGCAGGCUAUACAAGAGGAGCCCCAGGAGCCGGUCGAGACCCAGCAGCAGAGCCGUGCACAGAUCCACCCAUUAG